CUGUCAGACUGACCUUUCAUUCAUCUGUGCCUUGUGCUACUUAUCUGAUACUCCAUAUAUUCGCUUAAUCUUAAUAAUUCUCUCUCGCUUUGCUCUUUCACCGCCCGACAUGCUUAUCCGCGUCGUCCCGCUCCCCCCGCUCCCGACCAUCCUUUUCACCAUCACCUUCCCUAAUCUGACUCGCGACCUCCCGAUGCCGCCGUACUGGGACGUACAGCUCCAGCGCCUCGCAGCAGAGGACCUCGAGAUCCCGCACUCGAUUCAUUCGCUCGACAAGGCAGCGUGGAUCCCCGCCCUGCUGCAGGAGGUCACAUUUGACAUGACCUCACUCACCGUCUCUGCGCUGUUCGUCGACCACAGUGUUGAGGAGUGGCCCUUGAUGGGCCGUGAGUGCGUUAGCGCGCUUGAGAGCGUGCUCAGGGACGUGAACGACUCCGCGCUCGAGAGCGAGCAGGAGAGGGCAGACGCUCCCCCACAGCCCCCACCGGCUCCAUUACCCCCGCCCGUACAGGCAAAACACUCGAAGCACAAGAAGCAGCGCUCUCUGCUCAUGUCGCUCGUUGCCUCACUUGUUCCUUCGUGCGCCUCGUUCCCUCCGACGCCACCUCCGAGCCACACCAUACAGGCCCCGUCUCCCGCACCUAGUGCACCCGCUGUGCCUUCACUGUCUGCGCGUGUUCUGCGUCGCCGUGCACGCUCGACUCUCGUUGAUGCAUACCGCCGCUACGUUCUCACUGAGCUCAAGGCCCGCCUUCAUCCCGGCGGCUUCAGCCCUUGGAUCGUCAGUAGCAUGCUACGUCGUGCAACAGAGAAGAUGACCUGGAUUGUCCAGCAAGCGGGCGGGAUCGUUCCCGACCUGAGGGACUACUCCCAUUUCUCUUCGGAUGACCAGCUUUCUUCACCAGCGCCGACACUCAUGCCGCCGCCCCUGGACGACGAGGACGAGGAUGGCGACCUCCGCUCUCUCGCGGAUACGAACAGCACUGAUACCGACGGCUCUUCGGUGCACACGCCGACAAACACCGUCGCUGUUCGGUCCCACCGUCCCGGCUAUGAUUGCAACGUGCCCCGUUCGCCAUCCCCGCAGGCGUUCUCCCGCGAAGACCUUGAGAUGUACGCUGCGCUGUCGAACCAAACGCUACACCUGCGGCGCCUGCUCGUGCAUAUGGAGGUCGUACAGAAGAAUCUUGCGCUAGAGGAGCGCCAGCUGCACUCAGUACUCGAGAUUAAGUCGAAGCGCCGCGCAUGGUCAAACGCGCGCUACCAGGGACGUUCAGAGGUCAAGCACGUCGGGCUAUCGACGCCGUUCCGUAGCUCCCCGCUUGCGCGCUUCGCGCCCAUCACACGCGAGACCCUACGCGUGCCGUGUGGUGGCGGAUUCCUAUCCGUACGCACAAUGGAUUACGAUGUCGCGUGCCUGUUCCCCGUGUCAGAGACAGAUGAGGAGGGUGAAGAGCAGGACCUCGAGUCGGGGCUGUACACGCCCACGUCUGUACCGUCAUCGCCGAGCUCGGCAGGCUGGGGUGACAUGCUCGAAACACAGAGUGCAGCGCUUGAGCCACCGCGCAUCCGCGCACGCACACGCAGCAUUCACCGGCUGCAGGCGCUCGACCUCGACCCGACGCUAUCUCCGGACCCGCCAAUACUCCUCGUUCCUCCACCGUCGCCCGCGAGCCCGUGCCCGUCAUCACUUGUGCACACGAUCCCCGCGUAUGUCGCCGCACCAGUCCCGGUGCCCGCACACCAUCACAAGGCGAUGUUUGAUGAGUUUGGAGUCGGAAUCGUGGACGGGGACGAAACGACAACGACGGAGUUUACGCUGUCGAUGGACGUCCAGUUCAAGCCGACGUCUCGAACGUUUGAGUAUGAAAGGGACGAAUGGCUGCCGGGCGUCGUCGUUGAUUGUCGGUGAGGUGCUCCGCGGAAGGGAAUUGCGUGCUGCUGGCUAUGUACUCCUCGGCUUUCUCGCGCUGCUGCUUCGGUUCGGUGGGGAUCUAGUGUUCUCUGUCUGGUCCCCGGUCCCUUUUUGACGGUUCUCCUCCAUUCCUGUUGUCGGCCUGUUCGGUUUCGGCUCUUCGGUCCCUCGGUCCCUGCGCGCACGAACGUCGACCAUCGCGCAUGCAUACACACGUGCGUGCCUUUUUAAACGGCCCCGACCAUUCAUCCCAGUCUCGACCUGCCCCUAUGCUUGCUCUUCCUUCCGUCACUUGUCCUCCAUCGCAUAAGCUCAAGUCUACUCGUCAUGCUUGCCUUGCCUAUUCCGGCCCUCCGUCCAUUCAUUCCCACCCCAUACAACAAUUCUUCAUUCAUACCAUAUCAAUCCAAUCCAAACAUGAUAGAUCCACUCCUCACGCCUCACGCCCCGCAUAUAUCUCGCAACGCAAUCUCUUGGACCCCCUGCAUUCAAUUCGUGUUUUUAAUUACCGUGCACUCCGCAUCCCAUCCCGUUCCAUUACCAUUUAUCUUUGUAUAUUGAACAUGCUUCGCUCACACCUCUGCCACGAACCGUCACGCUGUUGUCAUUUUAGGCGGCGGCGGGACUCCCUGAUGGUUGUUUCUUCCCCGUCUGGGACGUGUGGGCGUCUAAUGCUAAUGACCGCUUUGCUUCACAUGUACCUCAUAGCUUUCGAUCCCUCGGCUUAUCGUUUCCUCUGGCACUUUCUUUUGGUCUCUCGCAUUUGUUUUGUGAUAUCCGAUCUCUUUUCUCAUGUUCAUCGUGGAUUUUCUUCCUGGACCCCUCGUUGCGGGUCACUCCUGGUCAUUGUGAAGGGGCCGUCCUUUUUUUUUUGGCCCCGUUGCCCGGUCGGUGUCGGUCGGCCGUGUGUCAGCAAUGUGUUCGUGCUGGUGGGUGGUUUGCUGGUUGCCACCUGUUUGUCGUGUAGUGCUAUUCCGUUCGAGUUGAGUGUGUCGUUGGAAGCAGUCAUAAUAUGAGAUCUAGAAUUUGAGG